AUGCUUGUGGGAGCUCAUCUUGGUCCUUGCUCUCGUUUUGGCGCUAGCUCACCUCAGCUAGCUUCCUUGGAGCAUAUUCUCUCUCUCUCGAUCUCUCUCACUCGUUCUCUCUCUCUUUCUCUCUCUUACUCGUCCUCUCUCUCUCUCUCUCUCUCUCUCUCUCUCUCUCUCUCUCUCUCUCUCUCUCUCUCUCUCUCUCUCUCUCUCUCUCUCUCUCUCUCUCUCUCUCUCUCUCUCUCUCUCGUUCUCUCUCUCUCGUUCUCCCUCCCUCGUUCUCUCACUCUCGUUCUCUCUCUCGCGUUCGCUCUCUCUCGUUCCCUCUCUCUCGUUCUCGUUCUAUCUCUCUCGCUAUCUCUCUCUCUCUUUCUCGUUCUCGUUCUCUCCUCUCCCGUUCUCGUUCUCUCUCUCUCUCGUUCUCGUUCUCUCUCUCGUUUCCACUCUCUCGUUCUCUCUCUCCUUCGUUCUCCUUCGUUCUCUCUCUUGUUCUAUCUCUCUCGUUCUCUCGUUCUCAUUCGUUCUCUCUCUCUCUCUCUCUCUCUCUCUCUCUCUCUCUCUCUCUCUCUCUCUCUCUCUCUCUCUCUCUCUCUCUCUCUCUCUCUCUCUCUCGUUCGUUCUUUCUCGCUCGUUCGUUCUCUCUCGUUCGUCCUCUCUCUCUCGUCCUCUCUCUCUGUCGUCCUCUCUCUCUUGUUUUGA